AUGACUACAUUGUCUACCACUGUUAGGCGGGCUCUGACAGGUCAGGGUAUCCAUAUCCAAGCUACAUUACCACGUCCCACGUCAUAUACAGCCGUCUACAAAAUUUCCCGUAGGAACAUCACCUCGGACGCCGCGACUGCGCCUGUAUAUACACAGAAUACGGAAAGGAGCUUUCAGGAUGAUGUAUUUGCGCCGCCGACUCGACCGAGCCUUCCUGCGACCGAGUUCUCCGAUCGCAUGGCAGCAAUCAGAGAAGCGAAACCGUUCAGCGAAUUCUUGACUGAUAAUUUCAAUCGACAACAUAAUUACCUUCGUCUAUACUGUAUGCCGGAAGAAGGCAUCGAUCUAUCUCCGCCUUCACACUUGCUUACCACAGAGGAAAUCCUCCACCUAGCGAAAUUAUUCGUCUCCCAGGGAGUUACUAAAAUCAGACUAACUGGGGGGGAACCAACAGUUCGCAAGGACAUCGUUGAUCUUAUCACAGAGCUUGGUAAACUAAAGGCUAUGGGACUAAAGGAACUAGCUAUGACCACCAAUGGUAUAUCUUUGGCUCGAAAGUUGCCACAGAUGGUGGCGGGGGGUUUGACGGCCUUAAAUCUGAGUCUCGAUACCCUGGACGAGUUCAAAUUUCAGUUUAUGACAAGACGGAAAGGUCUAAGUAACGUUCUCAAGUCGAUCGAUGCUGCUCUCUCCCUAAAUAUCCAACCCCUCAAAGUCAACUGCGUCGUAAUGAGCAAAGUCAAUGUGGACGAAAUACCCUCCUUUCUUGCGAUGACCAAAGACAAACCUAUCGAAGUUAGGUUCAUAGAGUACAUGCCAUUCACCGGCAACAAAUGGGAAUCUGGCAAAAUGAUCACAUAUCAAGAAAUGCUGGAUCAAAUCCGACAGUCCCACCCCGACCUACAGAAAGUACAGGACCAUAAAAACGAUACGAGUAAAACAUAUCAGAUACCGGGUUAUAAGGGAAAGCUGGGGUUUAUUACAUCAAUGACGCAUAAUUUCUGCGGAACUUGCAACAGACUGAGGAUCACAAGUGAUGGGAAUAUCAAGGUUUGCUUGUUCGAUAAUGCAGAGGUGAGCCUCAGGGACAUGAUGAGAAAAGAAGGUGGUAUGGGACCGGAAGGAGAAAAGAGACUGCUGGAGGUCAUUGGGGUGGCAGUGAAAGGGAAAAAAGAGAAGCAUGCGGGGCUCGAUGGGGUCAAUAUGCUUUGGGGCUGUGGUUCUUUGAGCUCUGGGCAAUGGUUGAUUAGGGCUGCAGGGAAUGGCUCUCGACGACCCCUUUCGAAGACUAUCUCCGACAUUCCAACAUACCUCCUCUCGCCCCCCGCCCCCCACAUCUGUCAGAUCGUACGGGCAUAUAGCACCUCGAGGAUCCACCGCCAGCCCACUAUGGGUACAGACUCUCAGGAUCCAGCACCAGGCCAAAAGCUCACACACGUCCUUCCUUCUGGAGCCGCCCAUAUGGUUCCAAUUCAUGAAAAAGCUAUCACCACACGAACCGCAAAAGCAGUAUCUACCAUCAAAUUCUCCAACCCAGAUGCCGUCAGAUUGAUACGCAGUAAUUCCAACAAGAAGGGAGAUGUCUUAUCAAUAUCUCGUAUUGCGGGGAUCAUGGCUGCAAAAAAGACAUCCGAGAUCAUUCCUUUGUGCCACCCUAUCAGUAUAUCGAAGGUGCAAGUCAAUCUGAGGGUCGUAGAUGACGGAAAUGGUGCCAUUGAAAUCCUAACUGUCGUAACCUGUGAUGGGAAAACGGGAGUUGAGAUGGAAGCUCUGACGGCGGCUACCGGGGCCGCCUUGACGGUGUAUGAUAUGUGUAAAGCUGUAGAUAAAGGUAUGGUACUUGAUGGCACAAGGGUGGUUGAAAAGGUCGGCGGCAAGAGCGGGGAUUGGAAGGAAGAAGGCUGGGUAGAGUGGUCCGAAUCGUGA